AUGGACGCGCUCGUGCAAUGCCUGGAGCACUCGCUCUCUAGCGCGCAGAACCUGCGCAGCGACGCAGAGCAGGCGCUGCAGCAGCGUGCCUACCCACGUAACGAUGCGAGCGGCGCGUUUGGCGUGGAGCUCGCGCAGGUCUUUGCCUCGGACGCGACUGCCCUUCCCAUCCGCCAGGCGGCGGGCAUCGCGCUCAAAAAGUACGUGUACGAGCGCUGGUCGAUCUUUUUUGAGGAGCACCUGCGCACGGCCAAGAGCGUUGGCGAGGGGGGGGACGGCGCCGUGCCGCCCGACGCCAAGCACGCGGUUCACACGCUCCUCCUCCAGGCCCUCGGCGACGCGGGGCGCAAGGUGCGCCUCCUCGCCGCGCAGCUCCUGUCGAUCAUUGGCAGCUGCGACUUUCCAGACCACUUUCCCGAGCUCCUGCCUGAGCUGCAAAAGGAUUUGGGCGCGUACGCAUCGAGCGACCCGCGCGCGGCGGACAAGGUGCACGGUGCGAUGAAGUUCCUCGCGGACUUUGUGCAGAGCGAGCUCGACGAGAACCAGCUGCUGGUGGUCUCGAAGGAGUUUAUUCCGCUGCUGCAGAGCAUCCUCAGCGACACGAGCGCGGCGUUUUCGGCGCACACUAAGGCGCGCUGCGUGCUGGUCUUUCGGCAGUGCCUCACGUCACUGUACACUGUGCGCGAUGCCUACGCUGAUAUGGUCAAGCAGGCUGUCGACCACUACUUGCCCCCGUGGCUCGAGGCGCUGCAGGCGAUGCUCGAUCCCGCGUUUUAUGCACAGGCCAACUGGGCCGACGCGGCGACGUGGGAGGAGCUUGGCCUGCGCCGCGAGGUGAUCCGCACGCUCGGCGUCGCAUCGCGCUUCCGCAGGCACUUUGGCGUGCGGGGCACCGAGGUGCUGGGUGUGUGCCUCGCGAACCUCGAGGCGCUCGCGCCGCUCUUUUCGAGCGUGGAUCUCGUGGAAGAGCCGCGAUACGAGGAGCCGCCGGCGCCCGAGGGCGACUCGGACGUCGUGUCUGGCAUUGCCGCGCUGGCCAUGACCACGCUCUCCUUCUUUUCCGAGACGCUCGAGACGCCGUCCAUGCGCGAGCUGCUCAUUUCCGGCGGCACCGGCGGCGACGGCGCGGCGACGCCUGCCUUUGCGCAGCUCGUCGAGGCGCUCGCGACCUUUGCACAGAUCACGCGCGAGGACGAAGAGACGUUUGUCGACGACCCGUCGGCGUUUGUCGAGGAGGACGACGAAGAAAACAUGCUUGUGACGCUGCGCACCUCGACCGCCGACCUGCUCGACCAGCUCCUGGACGUGUACCCGCUGCCGACGCUGCGUGCGCUGCCGACGCUCGUCACCGAGGUGCAGCGCCUCGCUGCGACGCGCCGCGCAGCUGACGGAACCUGGUGGAAGCUCCCGGAAGCGACGCUGAUGCUCGUCGGCAACAUGCACAACCUGAUUGAGGAGGUGGUUGAGACGAUGGACGUCCCCUUUUUCCAGCCCACGGCGAUUGUGCACGAGCUCGCGGUACCGAAUCUCGCGCCCAGUACGCCGUCCUUCUUGCGGGGGCGCAGCUUUGUGUUUGUGUCGCAGUACGUCGGCGACCUCGGCGCCUCGUUUGGGCGCGAGGUGUUUGCCGCGGCGAUACAGGUGCUGCACGCGCCGGACGCCGAGGCGCCGCUCCACGUCAAGCUCUCGGCAGUGCGUGCGGUGCGCAACUUUGCGCAGCUGAGCGAGUCGCUGAGCACGAGCGACGCACAGGCCAUCCUCCAGGAGCUGGGGCCGCUCCUUCUCCAGGCGACCGGCUCGCCGCUCGUCCUCAUCAUGGACGCGAUCGAGGCGGCGCUCUCGGGUGCCAAGUUUGCGGAGGGCGACGCGCCGGUGCUUGUCGACGUCGCGCGUGCCGCGCUCAGUGCAUGGCGCACGCACUCGAUGGAUCCCCAGGUCGAGAUCUCCAUCGCGGCGCUCCUCGAGUCGCUCGUGCGCAUCCGCAGCGCGGCGAAUGCCACGGUGCGUCUGGCGCUCGAGAUCGCGGCACAGGCGCUGCAGGAGGACGAGCGGGGCGAGGGACUCGGUGCGAGCGCCGCGGCGCUUGCGCGCAGCGUCCUGGCGAGCGCCGAGGCGGCCGCGCUCGACGGCGCCGUGCCGCACUUUCUCCCGCCCGCCGCGCAGUACCUGCUGCGGGGCUCGGACCUGGAGGCGUCGCAAAGCCUCCUCUUUUGCCUGACGCUCCUGUGGCAAAAGCGCGCCGAGGACAUGCUGGCGUGGCAUGGCGAGGGCGUCGACGCACUCGGGCUCAUCCUGCGCAUCGUGCAGGAGCAGCUGCAGAUGGACGAGGCUGCGUGCAGCAUGCCGCUCGGCGUGUUGCUCGUCACGCUCUUUCUCCAAGCCGGCGCGCACGGCUCGUCGAUGGCGGGCCUCGGCGCGGUGAUGCCCGGCCUCGUACGUGCGCUCGCGGCGAAGCUCGCGACGGCCACGUCGGUGGACGCGGCGAUGGCGUUGCUGUUCCCCCUCACGUACCUCUUUGCGGAGCACACGACCGACGUGAUCGGUCUCCUUGGCCACGUCGAUGUCGCGACGGUGCACGGCGAGGCGAACGCGCUGCGUGUCGUCGUGGCCAAGUGGCUCGAGCACGCCGAGAUGGCGAUCGGCCGCUCGGUCGGCAACCUGAAUACCCUUGCGCUGGCGCGCCUCUUGGAGCACUGGCCGGCGGAGCUCGACACGCUCACGACCAAUGGCGCAGUGCGUGCGUCGGCAGACAACAGUACGUAA